CACAUUGCUCACUGUGAAGGAACUUCUUUGACCUGAGUACACUGGACCUCCGGCUACAAUGAAACUCUUCCAGCAAACGGAGGAUGCAACAAAUGAAAGAAAGUUCAUGAAAUCUCAGGUGGAGAAACGUCGAAGGGAGAGGAUGAACCACAGCCUGGAGCGCCUGAGGGCGAUGCUGCUUCAGGAGCCACAACAACUGGGUGCGACUCAGCACAGAGUGGAGAAAGCUGAGAUACUCGAGCACACAGUCCUCUUCCUGCAGAACACGGCCAACGGAGAGGAGACGAGACCUUCUGCUGCUGCUCCUCCUUCUUCUGAUGGUGGUGGUGAUGGGGGUGGAGGCCGGAAACACUCCCUCCGAGACGGCUUCUCCACCUGCCUGCAGACAGCGGCUCAGUUCCUGGGCCCCGAGGGGAAAGGCCUGUGGCUCGAAGCAGCACUGGACGCGUCUCUCGCCGCACGCCUGUCCCGCUCGGACUCCGACCCCGCCGCCGUUCAAAGGAGAACCGGAGAAGGCCGCUCGGCCUCCAGCUCAGCCUCCAGCUCGGCUUCCAGCUCGGCCUCCAGCUCGGCCUCCAGCUCGGCCUCCAGCUCAGCCUCCAGCUCGCUGCCGCGCACAAAGUCCAUUCUUCGGAUGCUGAGGCAAAAGUCCAAGCACAGGCUGCACGCGCCGGACUUGGGCGCCGCUCAUCCGUACCGGCUUCCAGUCCAGCAGGGGUUCCCCAGGAUUCCCCAACAGGCCCGCAGACAAAUCCCGCUUGAGAUGAGACAAGCGAGCAAAAGUCCGGCCGAAAGCAGCCCGGCCAGCCAGACUUUGUGGAGGCCCUGGCCCUGAU